UUCGUACGAUAUAAGGCGUGUUUAUUCAUUCAAAACCUUACAUGAAUGCGUUACAGACCAGUCUAUGUGAUUUUCUCAGGUUAAACUUAGUUUGCUAAUCAAAACAACCCUGUAAUCUAGAUAGCUAAAUGUUAGCUUCGGUGUUGCUAUUUUAGUUUUAUUUCAAAUUUAAGUUGUAGUGACCAUAUAUAAACAGCCAACUAUUAUAGUUUCUAAGAUGUGAAUAUGCAAAAGCGUCUUUCUAUCAUCAUGUUUUGUAACAGCAAGUAAUGCAAAAGAGCCAGUUAAUUCCUGUUAUCUGGCUUCACUGAGAGAAUGUGUGACCGUGGUGGGUCUGCAUCCGAGCCCUCUGGACUGGAUGGUCUUCCACCAAUGCACAGCAUUGCCAAGGGAGAGGUGGUUUCUCUGCAAAGCUAUGGGGCUUUUGUUCGACUGCCAGGAUACAAGAAGGAAGGUCUAGUGCAUGUGAGUGAAAUGUCAGCCUCCCGAGUUGAGAAUGCCUCAGACAUUGUUUCUAUGGGAGAACAGGUUUGGAUUAAAGUUAUUGGAAGAGAGAUUCAGGGUGACAAAGUGAAAUUGUCUUUCUCAAUGAAAGCUGUCAAUCAGGGAACAGGGAGGGAUUUGGAUCCAAACAAUGUCAUGGCAGAGCAAGAUGCAAGGCGACGUAGGCGGUUUGUAGACCAAACUGGCAACAGGAUCGCACUGGAGGCUGUACUCAACACAACAUGUUCAAAGUGCGGCUGCAAAGGUCACUUUACAAAAGAUUGCUUCGCUGCUCCGGGCUUGCAGUAUGCUCUAUUGCCUGAAGAGGACGACCAAGAGCCACAACAAGGACAGCAGCAGACGCCUACAGUUGCACCACAGCAACUGUCAGACAAAAAGAAGAAGAAAAAGGAGAAGAAAAUGAAGAAGAGGAAGAAGGAGAAAAAGGAGUCCGACAGCGACAGCGGCAGUAGCAGUGUCGGUGAAUGCAAAUCCAAAAGGAGGCGGCAUGAACACACUCACGACAAACAGGACAAAAAGAAGAAGAAACACAAGAAACAUAAAUCACACAAACACAGCUGAUACAUUCACACGACUCAAAAGAACAAGCCUCUACACACACACACACACACGCAUUGCAGCUAUUGGAUGCAAAUGAGGAAGUGGGCAUCGGCAGUGACAUACUUUCGGCUUAAUGUUUUAGAAUUAUCUCUCCACUACCAGUGUAUUAUGGAAACCUUCAUCAAAUUUAGUUCCCAUUUUUCCUCGACAUAUUACUGAAAGUAGUAAAACCACCUGUCAUCAAACGGGUGCAAAAAGGAAUGCGCUGCAAACCAGAAAUCAGGUGACAAGUUGUCCUGAAGUAACCCGUCUCUCCUGCAGAGGGAUGAGUUUACACCAACCAGAUAGGUGUAAGCAAUAUGGCAUCCUGAAAUGUAAAUUGUUUACGGCUAUCGUGUUACUGAUACGGAUAUGAGGUGACAUAGAGUCUUGGUGGGGCGGUCUAGGAAUCCUUCAAACAAUAUACAGAGAGAGAAUGUCACACACAGGAAGUGGUAGUGGCACAUAUGUACAGUUGCAGGAUGCGUUGUGUAAAAAACUGUACAGGAACCUUGUGCUACUUUCUUCCUUCUCACUGUACUCAUCCAUUAGCUGUGAACCCUAAUAAAAGUGUUAAUUUAUAAAGGUUAUGAAAA